AUGGCCUCUGCUGAGCCCAACGUCGAUUAUUACGCCGUUCUCGCGGUAUCAAAUGAUGCUACCAUUGAAGAUGUGACUAAGAGCUAUCGAAAGCUGGCAAAGAUUCGGCAUCCAGAUAAAAACCUUAACGACGAUUCGACAGCUGUGUUCCAGCUUCUCCAAAACGCGUAUGAGACAAUAAGAGACCCCACGAAACGACGAGAAUACGAUCUAAGAUGGUCAGGCAUUAGAGAUAGUCUACGGGCAAAGCAGGAGUCAGAUUGGCGCCAAGCUGAAGCCGCACAGGCAGAAAAAAAGAGGGCAACUGAAGCGAGGGCGAAAGAGCAGAAAGAAGAUAUUGCACGGCAGGAACGCCUUCGACGUUUGGAACAAUUCAGGUGGAAAUACGACGAUGAGAUCUUCGAAUUAUCUCGGGCGAUCAGAAAGCUUGUAGCAGACUUGAAGCGUCUUCAGGACCAGGACGUUGAGAAUUCAAGAAAGGAGAGGGAGCGAAAUGGUUGGUGGGCAUACCUAGCUUCGCCUAUUUUAGGCAAAGAGAAAGAAACAGACGAGCAGAAACAAGCACGGGAAAAGACACGUCUACAUAGACUAGCCAGUAACAGCAUCAAAGGAAACGAGUUGAAGGAGAAGGAGGCCAGACUCCAAAGGCUGCAAGAUGCGCUGCAGAAUGUGAACGACAAGAUUGCGGCCGAGAAGAAGAAGGCGGAAGAUGAGAAGAGAAAAGUGGAAGACGAGGCGAGAGCACGUAGACUGAGGAUGGAGCAAGAAGCAAGGGAUCGGGCAAUGCAUGAGAUAAUGCGAAAGUUUGGCCAAAGCCCAGAAAGAACGGGCCGAAUGGGCGGCGAAAGAAGCCCGCGAAGCUCAAGCGGCACGAGAGACACAAGAGGCACAAGAUCGUGCACGGAUGGCGGCGGCGGCGGCGGAGAGACGCCGUAG